UUAAUUUAUUUUAUAUACAGUUAAUUUUCGAUAGAAGUUUACAUUUCAGUUAAUAUUGUAAUUAUUUUUAAUUGUAAAUAACUGAGAGAAUUAACGUGGUGAAUCAGGCUGGGGCAGAAAGCAGAGCAUUCACAGCAGAGGAAGCUUAAAGUCCUCCAAGGGGAUUUUUAUAACGGUUUCUGGCAACCCUGUGAGGAGCCUGACACUAACAUGUGGAUGCCAGAGUGAGGUUUAUUAAAUAGCUUUAAACUGCGGGUCGCUGAGAUAAAGAUACAGAGAGAGAAGCUGCGGGUCGUCGGUGUUUGGUGGAAUUUAAACUGUACAUUUUUCACGAGUUUAAAUUAUUUGUGUGUGAUUUUUGUACUGUAAACUGAGGAAGAGUAAACUGGCCUGAGAAAGCUUUAGUCAGCAGUAUGAAUGAAGGCAUGGCUGCUGUACUCAUUCUAUACCUUUAUCACACACUACAGAAACCCUGGAUACAAAGGUCACUUAUUUCAUAACAUUCCCUAUAAUACAGAGAGCACGCCUGCUUUCACCAGCACAGACCUCCACACUGUCUCUAUACAUCCACUAGUGCCUGCUUAAACAUGAGUGCAACCAAAGAAGCCAAGAUUGUGGUGGUGGGUGCAGGAUUUGCAGGCUUGGCUGCAGCAGCUACUCUGGUUCGGGCUGGGUUCCAGAACGUUCAGAUUCUUGAGGCUAACGGUCGAGUUGGAGGUAGGGUUCACACCACAAGACCAUUCAGCCAAAACAUUAUUGAGCUUGGUGCCAACUGGAUCCAUGGACAGGAAGGGAACCCUCUUUUCCAGCUAGCUAAAGAACAUGGGCUGUUGGUUGAAGGGGUUUCAGCCAGUAAAGUGAUGUGCUUGCCCCGUUCUGUCACGCCACGUGAUUAUUUUUUCAGACAGGGUGGACGGCAGGUUUCCACUGAAAGUGUUGACCAGGUGUGCUCCCUGUUCAGUAAACUCACCUCCAAGGCCUUUGAGUCAGAGCUGGAAGAUAAACACAGAGCCCUGAGUCUGGGCAGUUACCUUGAUGCUGCUUUUGCUGAAUCACCAUUGGCUGCUUCAGAAGAUGGACAGAGGCUUUUUGAGUGGUGUAAGAGAAGUGAAUGCACAGAUGAAGCGAGUUCAUCCCUGUAUGAAGUGUCUGCAUCUCAGAUCGGGUAUUACAUUGCUCUUGAGGGAGGCUUUUUUAACUCUCUGGGUCCUGGUGGUUAUCAAGCCAUUUUGGAUAUUCUUCUGAAAGAUCUGCCUUCAGAAAUCAUAUUAACCAAUAAAGCAGUGAAGAGCAUCCAUUGGGACUUGAAGGAACAGCUUCAGGCCAAUGAGAAAGGAGGGUCGAACCAUCCAGUGAAGCUGAUUUGUGAGGAUGAUGGGGUUUUUGAAGCUGACCAUGUGAUUGUGACUGUAUCUCUGGGAGUUUUAAAACAACAGGCUGGAACCCUCUUUAAACCCUCCUUACCCAAAUCCAAGCUGACUGCUAUUGAGCAGCUCGGCUUUGGUACAGUGGACAAGAUCUUCCUCUGUUUUAAUGAGAGGUUUUGGCCUGAAGACUGUGCUGGAAUCCAGCUUGUGUGGGACGAGGGUCCUGAGGAUAAGUCUGUGUACACUUCUCAUUCUGAAGGAGAGGCUUGGAAAGAGACGUGGUAUAAGAAGAUCUGUGGCUUUGAUUCUGUGGCCCGUCACCCUACAGUGCUCUGUGGCUGGAUCACAGGCAGAGAAGCUCUUCAUAUGGAGACUCUUCAGGACAGUGAAGUGGGAGAUGCUUGUGUGAGAUUGCUCAGGUCCUUCACUGGCUGGUCGGUUCCUGAUGUGUCCAAAGUGCUGAUCUCCAGGUGGGGUCUUGACCCUCAAGUUCUUGGUUCCUAUACAUUCGUUCCUCACAAUGUAAAUGGAGUGAAGGAGCAUGAGGCACUAGCCGCACCUAUUCCAUUUCAAAAUAAAAUCCCAGAGAGCAAGCCUCUGCAGGUGCUGUUUGCGGGAGAAGCCACUCAUGUGAAUUUCUACACCACCACCCAUGGUGCCUACAUGUCAGGAGUCAGAGAAGCUCAGAGACUCAUAACCCACUACACCACUAAGACAGUCACUUCAUAGAGAGCAAAUAUCACGAGUAUGGCUUUUUAUGAUAGCAAUAAGUCUCUGUAGAUCAUAUGUAAGCAUGAGCUUUGUAUUUUGAAGGACCUUAGCCCAUUGAGGAAGGUGUGGUGUUUUGGAGGACAAUAACUGACUGACUUGUACUUGAAUCCUGUUUUUCUUGAUCUACAACUGCUGGGAUUAGCGAGAAAUUGUUCAACUUUGUUUUGUGGUCCAGACAAUUCUCUUUAAUAUAAGUAUGGUUAUGUUCCUUUUAAAAGGUUGCAUGAAAUGGUUAAAUGAAGUUAAUUUUUUGUAGUGUUAAAAUUGGUGCCACAGUUAAUACAAUGACACUGAAAUCCUACACUGCAUAGAUUGUAGUAUGAAGAUGUUAAUAUUUGAAAACAGUUUCAGAGAAGGUCCAUUAUUUCACUUGAAGUUCUGAUUCCAAAGAACUUUCGUUUUCAUAAUGUUAUGGAAAUUUACCAUAAUGAAAAUAUAUAAAGUUCAGGCUGAAUAUUACGACCACCUUACUAGAUCUGCACUCAUUGUCAAAUUUAUCAGCUCCGUUGAUCAUAUAGGAGCACCAUGUUCUUUCACCAUGUUCUUCAAUGAUCAGGAUCCCACAGGACCUGGUGGUGUGUUAGUGGAUCAGAAAAUGCUGCUUGUGUUCUUAAAUGCCACUGAGAAUAGUCCAUUAUUCAAAAAUAUUGAUCCACCACCGAAAUAAUACCUACUCAGUGCUGGGAGGGUCUGUGGGGUCCUGAUUUUUGAAUAACAGGUUGAAAG